AUGAGCCAGCACGACGACAUUGAAUACCAACUUGAUACUUUAGCGAUUCGUACAGGUCAUACACGCAGUUUUGAAGGUGAACAUAGUGAGCCAAUUUUCCUCACUUCGUCAUUUGUGUAUGAAAAUGCAGCGGAAGCAGCAGCAAAAUUCUCUGGUGCUGAACCAGGUAAUAUUUAUUCACGUUUUACCAAUCCAACUGUAGCAAUGUUUGAAACGCGUUUAGCUGCACUAGAAGGUAGUGAACGGGCUGUGGCAACAAGUUCAGGUAUGGCUGCAAUCAUGGCCGUUGCAAUGUCGUUCUUAAAAGCAGGCGAUCAUGUGAUUUGUUCACGUGCUGUUUUUGGUUCUACAGUUUCAUUAUUUGAAAAAUAUGUUGCUAAAUUUAAUGUCGCAGUGACUUUUGUUGAUUUAACUGAUUUAACCGCUUGGCAAGACGCGAUACGUCCUGAAACUCGAUUACUGUUUGUUGAGUCACCUUCAAAUCCAUUGGCUGAAGUCGCAGAUAUUCAAGCAUUAUCAGAUUUAGCACAUGCAAAUGAUGCUUUAUUGGCGAUUGAUAACAGUUUUUGCACACCAAUUUUGCAGCGUCCAUUACAAUUUGGUGCAGAUUUAGUGAUUUACUCUGCCACCAAAUAUCUAGAUGGACAAGGUCGUGCACUGGGUGGUGCUGUGGUCGGUAAUCACAAAUUACUUGAAGAAAUAUUUGGUUAUGUUCGUACCACUGGCCCAUCUAUGAGUCCAUUCAAUGCAUGGGUCUUUUUGAAAGGUUUAGAAACCUUAAGACUGCGUAUGAAAGCGCAUUCUGAAAGUGCACAAAAAAUUGCCGAGUGGUUGGUUGCUCAUCCAAAAGUGGAAAAGGUUUAUUUUGCUGGCUUAACAGAUCAUGUUGGGCAUGAGUUAGCAGCCAAACAACAAACUGGUUUUGGUGGAAUCGUUUCUUUUGAAGUGAAAGGUGAACGAGAAGGUGCUUGGAAAGUGAUGCUAAGUCAACAAUUACCCAUCCAGCAACAACGACUCAUGGUAAGCUUUCUCCUGAAGCAAAAGCAGCAGCGGAAGAUGUCGAUGAUAUUAUCCGUGACCUUUCUCAUGGAUUAG